AUGACAAAAGGAACAUCAUCCAUUGGAAAGCGUUGCAAUAAGAAGCACACACUGUGCCACUGCUGUGGCUCCAAGGUCGAGCACCUUCAGAAGUCCACCUGCAGCAAAUGUGGCUACCUUGCCAAGUACAAGAGAAAGUAUAACUGGAGUGCCGAGACUAAGAGACAAAACACUACUGGGACUGGUUGGAUGGGGCACCUAAAGAUUGUCUAUCGCAGAUUCAGACAUGGAUUCUGUGAAGGAACAACACCUAAACCCAAGAGGGCAGCUGUUGCAGCACCCAUUUCAUCUUGA